AAACAAGAGUGGCAUGUUAUCUUGGGGAACAAGAAAAAUGAAACUUGAACAUUAUCACGAGUUGUUGAGAGAUUGUUGAUUAUUUUUAAGCCAAAUCCCAUUCUCAAAUAUUUUCCUAGAAAUACGAUAUCGUCUUUUUCAAUGCUAUUAUAGAGAGAAUUUUCUGUGCAGAAGUGACGAUUUUUUUUCUGUUUUUGUACUUUAGUAGCGAUAUUUUGUGUUUGAGAUAAUGAAGUAAUUGAGAAGUUUAUCGAGUGGAUAAGUAAAGUUGUUGUUUUUUUUUUUGAUUGGGUUAUUUAAAGGAUUCGGUUAUAUGAAUGGAGCGACGGGAAAAAUGUCCACUGGUGCAGUGUAUUCCAGUCUGCCUGAAUCGACGUCAGCAACUGCCAUGAUUGUGAGCGGCGGCAUCGAUCAGCCACCACCGGUAGCACCUCUGGUGGCCACACCGGUAGCUGUUAUAGCACCGGCCGCUGCCGCCGUCUCGGCUCCCGACUAUGCCAAUAUGAAUGGUGUCGUACCAAUUGCCACUUUGACUGAACAGACAAUGACGGCGCCACCCGCCGUCGCUACUGCCGCCGCAGAAUAUUACUAUACCGUGGACACUACCGGAGCUGCAGCGGCCAGCAGCAGUGAAAGCUCAAGUGCCGCCGCAGGAGGAUCCACCACAACGACAGCCACGGCCACAACGAGUGACGGUGGCACGAUGCCACUGGAACAACUAAAGCAGAUGCUCUCGUCGCAGCUGGACUAUUAUUUCUCUAGAGAGAACCUUGCAAAUGACACGUAUCUAAUCACACAAAUGGAUAAUGAUCAGUACGUUCCAAUAUGGACGGUGGCGAAUUUCAAUCAGGUGAAGAAGCUGACAAAAGACAUCAAAUUGAUCACAGAAGUGUUGAGAGAGUCACCAAAUGUUCAAGUGGACGAUGAGGGUCUCAAAGUGCGUCCAAAUCACAAGCGUUGCAUCGUUAUUCUGAGGGAAAUUUCCGAUCAUACACCUGUUGAAGAUGUCAAGAAUUUAUUCAACAGCGAAAAUUGUCCCAGAUUCAUAUCGUGUGAAUUUGCUCACAAUAAUUCCUGGUACAUAACAUUUGAGUCGGAUGAAGAUGCACAGCAAGCCUAUAAGUAUUUGAGGGAAGAAGUUAAGGAAUUUCAGGGUAAACCUAUAAUGGCGCGGAUUAAGGCAAAACCAAUGUCACACAGAAUUCCGAUGACUCCUGUGCAGAUGCCAAUUAAGAAUGGCUAUCGAACAACACCACCGCCAGGUGUCUAUGAUCCAUCGGCAGCGUACACGGCUCAACAGCGAUUUGUCUACUCGAAUGGUGCUUCAAUUCCUCAAGGGACAGUUCCAUACACUGGUCAAGUUGUGUUUCCAUUCCAGCAACAAUUUUUUUCGGGCAUAAUGCAACCAUGGCCACACGGACCACCGCCACCAGGACAGAAUUAUGUCAACUAUGAACUGGGAAAUGUUUUCUCGGCCAAUGGUCUGACUCCUCAGGUGUCCUUUGCCACAACAACCAAAACUCAAACGCCCCGCUAUGCCGGCCAUCGUAGCAAUGUGCGCAACAAACGCUCCUCCAACAGCGAUCACAGGUCCCAGCAGCAAGGUGGAACUGUGGAUCAGCAACAACACCAAGUGCCCAACCAUCGAAACACCUCCGCCGCCACCCAUCAGAUUUACCAUUCACUGGCGACACAGCAACAGGUGGCCGCACUGGCGCCGCAGCAGCUGUCGGCCGCGGCGUCAGUGAAGGGCGGCGGGCAGCCGGUGGCGGCCGUCAAAGUGCAAUCAAGCGUGGGUGGGGAAAUGUACCAUCAGCCGGGGAAGAUGUCGUCAGCCGGCGGUGGUAGUACCUACCUCAAGUCCGUUGUGACGAGCGUCGGGGACGAGAGGACGCUCAUGUCUUCGCCAAAUGUGCCACAUCAGAUAGCUGCCGUUGCCGUAAGUGCUGGUGGUCAGCAGCAUCACUACCAGCAGCACCAUCACAGUGGGCAGCAUCAUCAGCAGCCCAGUCACUACCACCAGGCCCACCAUCACCAGGUCACCCAGCAGCAUCACAUUCAGGUGUCCACGGGACACAUGGCGCCGCGAGAGGAGGGCGAAGCCAUCGCACUGGCCGGCUAUAAGACUGCUGGUGUGAGUGCUGGAGGAGCUGCUGGGAUUCCCAUUGUGUCCACACUUCUGCCGCCACUGCCACAACAUCACCAUCAUCAUCAUCACCAACAGGUUACGUCGCAACAGCAAUCAGUCCAUGAUGUUACUGGUGAUGAGUCACUUGUCCAGCAGCAGCAGUCGUCGCAUCAGCAGCACAAGGGAGUACCGUCUGGCGGUGGUAAGGAGCAAUGGCAGCAACGCUAUCGACGUCGGCGGAAGGAGGAAGAAGGGAGUAGUGCUGGAGUGAGUGCCUAUCGAAGUGGCGGUGGUCAGAGCACAGGAUCGUCCAAUGGAAGUGGAUCAUCGGGGAUUCAGCACAAACAAUCCCCGGCCAGUCCGAGUCCAUCAGCGGCUCUGGUGCUGCGUGGCAGUGAGUCCAGUACGACUCUUGGGACGUCAGGACAGAGCACUGGAAGUGCCACCAGUACACACUCACAGCAAUCACAGCGGACAACUCAGGCUCAAUUUGACCUUGAGGCGUCUGCAUUUCCGCCACUGCCAGGCUCUUCGGACACAGCCAGUGGAUCUGUCCACCAUCAUUUCUCACACCACCAGCCCCAUCAUCAGUCACACUUGCCAAACUACCAGGGUAAUCCUGGCUCAGGCGGGAUAGCCCGUGGAGCUGAACGUGGCGGAGCUGUAGCUCCGGCUGUUUCGGUGACGGGGCAGACUUCUCUGGUGGGAAUUGGGAGUGAACAGGGAGCCGACGGGGUGCUCACAGGGAAUGCGUGGGGAGAUCGUUUGGCGGAUGUGGUGAAGGGAACGGCCAAAGCCAAAAUCAAAGUGGACACAAACAAAGAUGCCAGCAAUAGCACAAGGUCCAAUUCAGCCUCUCCGCCACCAUCGCAACACAAUCCGUCUGCCCACAAUCAAGGUGUUGCAUCAACGACAGCAGCAAAUGUAGUGACGACGACUUCAGGUAGCCAAAGUAAUACUAGUAAUCUUAAUAAUAUUUCUACAAAUAACCAUGAGCUUAGUGUAGAGCAACAAGCAUCAGCGACAAAUGCCACAGAAGCACACAGUUGUAGUAAGGGGGGUGCGAAUGUGGAUGUGGCUGAUGGUGGUGCGGUGGGUGGGGGUUGCAACAAGUCAGUGUCAACAUCAACACCUCAACAAAGUGUAGCAGCAGCAACAACAAAUGAAAAUAAUCCUGUGAUAAAAAUGUGCACUGCUGAUAAAUCAACAAAGACUGACGAGUCUCUUUUCAAUGGUUUGGAGACUUGUGCAUCAACUCAACAAUUUGACAAUAUCGGUGGCAGCAGUGAGACUUCAUCAUCUGUGACCAAUCAGCAAUCAUUGAUGGCUGCUGCACCUCCAUGUGCCACGACGCCAACCAUGGCCAAUGCCUCCACAAUGACUUCAAUUGAGGGAACACCAAUGGCCACAGUGACAUGUAGUAGUGGCGUCAUCACCAAAAUUGGCACCACAUCAGCUGCCACAGUAUCAUCCAGCAAGCAACAAACUAAGUCAACAUCAGCAGUGCCAGGUUCACUGUUGAGCAGUGGAUUCCCUCGUGUCUCUGCUACGGCUACUUCACCGCCGCCAACCACGGCGCCGGCUGGAUUCUCAUUUAGUGCCGUAGCCGCUGGUGGUGAUGCCGUACGCCUCAGCUACGCCCAGGUGGCGCAGCACAAUAAGGAACAGCGUCAGCACCAGAAGCAAGACAGCAGGGAGUCUACGGGUGGGGGGGAUAUGGUGAUUGGGCAGCAACAGGAUAAGGAGAACAGGGAUGUGACCAAGGAGAAUAGUGUUGCAAAUAUGAACAGUCUGACUGGGAUGAGUGGUGGGGGCGCGAGUGGUGGGAGUGCGAGUAAGAGUAGUGCUAAGAAUCAGUCACCAUCAAAUACAAAGAUAUCCUCGUUGCAACAAUUUUCCAAUGCUGGAGAGGUGCGAGAAAGAGGCGAAAAUGUACGCGAGCAACGGAGAAAAGACCAACGAAGCGGCGGUAGCUCCGGUUCGGCCGGUGUCCAUCGUCGCGAAAGUGAUUCCGCGAAUUCCGGUGGCGCUGGUCGAAAUCGGCAGCGACCGCAUCAGAUGAAGGACUACUUCCAGGCCGCCACUGCAACUGCCGCUAGUCCACGGAGUCCCAAGUGAUGACCGAUGUUGUGUGUGACCCAGGACUUGAGAUGAUGCGACCCACCUUCCUCCUUGAUGUUGUUAUGCUUUCAAGUCAUUGGCCAAAGCACAACAAUGUUGGAGAAGGGAUUUGACUGUGCGCGUGAGUAACAAGAAAAAAAAAACAAAAUGAAAAAAUGUGCAGGUUUUAAUCCGGAAAACAAGAUAGAAUGAUUUUGAGUGUGGAUCUUUUGCUGAUAGACAGAAGGGAUGGGAAGAAAGUAGGUUUAAGGAAAAAUUAAUUUGUUGUAUUGUAUGUUAACUAAUUACAAGAAAAAAAAACCUAUUAAUGUGUGUAUAGACAUGAUAAACAAAAAGAACAAAAAAAUAUGCGUGCGUCUGUCGUCUCUUCGUCAUAUAUUUAAAAAAAAAAUACGCUAAAGAAAUUAAAAAAAAGAAGCAGAAAAAGAACUAUAAUGAAAUAAUAUAUUUAUUAGAAUUAACAAAUUAGAAUGAUGAAAAAUUCAUUAUAAUUCUUACGUGAUUUUCCUUUUUUCACCCCCCAAAAAUAUAUUUAAAAAGAAAAAAAAACGUUUAAAACACUCCGCCAAUAAAAUGGGAGGUGCGAGGGAUGUUCUUUUGUAGAAAAAAAAGGUGUAGAAACAAAUUUAGAAAUUACGAGAAAUACCUUCUCAAAAAAAAACCAUUUAAUGUGUUUUUUUCUCAUAUUAGUUUUUUUUUUUAAAUUAAUUUUGUUUAAACGACAAACAGACUCAGUAAGAAGAUGACUAUGAAUGAAAAUGCGAUUAAGUUUUUUUUUUAAAUGAUUUAGAUCAAAGAAUUACUUGAUUUUUUUCUAAACUUGUUCGGCUUUUGUGCAGCAUUUUAAUUCAUAAUAAAAAAAAAGAUAUCGGACGAAAAAGAUGAAAAGUGUUUACAGGAAUUUUUACAAAAUUUCAAGUCAUCCAAAAAGUUGUUUUUGGAUGUUCUUCGACCGGAAGAAGUAAAAUAAAACUAAUGAAAAAAAAUACAAAUUGGCACUGAAGUAUUUAUUUAACAAAAAAAAAUUGUAAAUAUGAUUGAAGUCUUCUUUUUUUUUUAAAAUAACUAUUUUGAACUUUCUGAUAAAAGAUUUAAUCAAAAUCUUAGAUAAAAAAGAUUGAAUUAUUGAUUAAGGCAGGAAUUUCAGGAAAAAAUGACUAUCAAAAAUUUAUCUUUUCAAUAUUAGUUCAUUUUGGUAGAAAAAAAACAAAAAGAUUUUUUUUUGUUUUGAAGAAAAGUCUGCAAACUUUGCAAUCAAUCGUUUUGCAAUUGAAUUUAUUUCAAAUUGAAAUUACUUUUAGAAAAAAACAACGUUUUGUAUCAACAAGGAGAAGGCAUGCAAAAAAUUUCAUACGUAUUGAAAACGAAGAUAAAAAAGAGUUAUAGUAAAAAAAACUAUUAAUGAUUGAAUGAAGCAAGAAAGAGAGAGAAAGCGGAUUAACUAUUAUGUAAAUAUUAAGAAAAAAAUGAAAAGUAAUAAAAUACUAUAAAUGUAAUAUAUCUACAGAAAAAAAUAUCUUUACUGAUGAAUGAAAUACAUUGGAAAAAAAGAUUAACUAUAUUAUUAGUAAUAAACAAAAAAAAAAUUGAAGGAUAAAGAAAAAAACAGAAGAUAUAAUAAUAAAUAGAACCUACAAAAUAUACAUCUGAUAAAAAUAAUGUAUAAAAUCAUGUUAUAUAUUAUAUAUAAAAAAAAGGAAACAUAUUUAUAAAUUUAAAUUCUAAUGUUA